AAUGGCUUCAUAUGUUAAACGAGGUGUAUGUAAGGUGGAACAAAGGUGAAUCGGUAUUUGCAAUAUCCGCGGAAAGAACAAAGGAUUUGCAAUGGACGUUCAACCAAAGCACGAUAACUCUCGGUGAAAUAUCAGACGUCAGACGUCUUGCGUCAAUCAUCGAUAAAAUUGAACUUCCUGAUCGUUUUGCUUCCAUUCUGGUGGAAAGUCGGAUUCUGCAACAUGUUUUUAUAUGCGAUCCACAGAGGGUAAUGGUCGCUCGAGUCGAUUAUUGGAUCGAUCAAUGCCUUAUGGAUCUCGUGCAUUGUGGUGAUAACGCAGCAUCAAAAUCAAGAUUAGGAAAUUUUUUCUUAAAAUUGGUUACAAUGACUGAAUUCCUGAAGGAACUGGUCCCGGCUGUUCAUGAAUUCUUGACUAAAUAUGUUCAUUCGUGGAAUGGUUUAGAAUAUCAAGAACAAAUUUUCAAACUGCUGACUUUUCUUAGGCCCGGAACUUUUGAUCAGAUUUAUACUGGUUUUUUGGAACCACUGAAUAAGCUAUUCGUUGUUUCCACGGCCAGCUGGAAG